UUUAUUUGAGAUUAUUAUUUUUCCUGUUCAUUCACACUAUUAUAGAGAUGGCGUUUAUUAAAGAGGAGAGUGAAGACUGGAAGAUUGAAGAAACAUUCAGAGUGAAACAAGAAGAUACUGAGGAACACAUAGACCUGAUUGAGGAGAGUCAAGAGCAGAAGGAUAUGGAAGAGAAAGAGCAGAAUGAGAAAGAUCAUGAUUUCAAAAUUGGAGAAAAAUCCAUACAGACUAAAAAGUGCUCUUCUCAAAAAAGUGACCAGAAGUUUGAAUCUAAGAACUUUUUUACCUGUCAGCAGUGUGGGAAGAGUUUCACUACCAAUAAAAGCCUUAAAAUACACAUGAGAAUUCACACUGGAGAAAACCUUUACAUCUGUCAACAGUGUGGAAAGAGUUUCAAUCAAAAAGGAAACCUUGAAAUCCACAUGAGAGUUCACUCUGGAGAGAAGCCUUACACUUGCACUCAGUGUGGAAAGAGUUUUACUCAUGAAAGCACCUUUAAGGUCCACAUGAGGAUUCACUCUGGAAAGAAGCCUUACACUUGCACUCAGUGCAGAAGAGUUUUACUCAUAAAAACACCUUUAAUUACCACAUGAGAAGUCACACAGGAGAGAAGCUGUUCACAUGUGAUCAAUGUGGAAAGAGCUUUGUGACAGAACAAACCCGUAGAUAUCACAUGACCAUUCACACCGGAGAGAAACAGUUCAUAUGUGGUCAGUGUGGAAAAAGUUUCGCACAUAAAGUAGGCCUAAAUUACCACAUGAGAAUUCACACAGGAGAGAACUGUUUUAUAUGUCAGCUAUGUGGAAAAAGUUUUAGACAUAAAUAUAGAUUCAAAACUCACACGAGAGUUCACCUGCAAAUCUGAGUGAACGUUCACUGCUGCUGAGUGUGGGCCAAAUCUGAUUGUACGCCUUUUAUUUUCAUCAUUCACCUCUAUCUACAUUAUCCAC